GAUGAUUUUGUUAAUGACGACGAUUUAAUUCACAUUUGACAUCUGACAACUUUGUAGCCAACCUCACAAUACGAAAUGUCGAACUCUUGAAAAAUUGGUCAAUUGGAUUAGAUUUUUGCCUGACACUUUGUCGAGUUGAAACGUUUCGGAAUAGAAGGUGCGCCAUCGUCACUAUCGUCAGAGUGCGAGGACAUAAUUAUUGUCGCCAUUUACAGCGCCAAGCAAUGACAGCAUCGAAUUUGUAUUCAGUAUUAAAACUUAAUAUAAUGCAUUGAAAUUGAAAGAAAUAAUAUAAAUAACAUGAAGCAUAUAAUCAAUGCCAAGCAAGAACUAUGCUGGAUUAUUUGGAAAUACCUGAAAUUCAAUUUAGUCGGAAUCUUUCGGGUUCUAGGAGAUCGCAGUUCUUAGUGUUGAAGGCCUAUAUAUAACAGCACCUACAGCAUGAAGAAGUAAUGAAUAUGUCUGAAGGCGAAGACUGAAAUUAAUGAUAUGAUUUUUUCCCAAGGAGACCCGACUGGACAGCCUUAUAAAUAUUAUAAAACCUUUGAUCACCUGUGUGUGAGCUCAGUAGUGAAGAAGUGCCACUAGAGGACAAAUCAAAAUCAUACAUAAAUCAUAGACAGACAGUGACCAUGAAACCGAAAAUACAAAGUUCGUUAUUGUUUUUAAUAAUCGCCAGUGUGGGAAGCUCACAAGCUCAUGGAGUCAAAGGGGUAUUCAAACAAUCUUAUAAUAGUGCAUCUGCAUCUUCUUCAGCUUCUGCAUUCAGCAGCUCAAGCUCAUACUCUUCUGAUGGCUCUAUCGGAAUAAACGACCUGACCAACCCCUCAAACAACAACCUAGCUGCAGUCGCUACAGCUUCAGCAGAAGCAGGCUCCAAUGGGGCAAUCGCUAAAGCUGGAUCAGGCUCAAAUUCAGCAUCAGGCACACUGCACUCAAGCGUCGAUUCCAACACGAACGCUGGAGCCAAGAUCCUAUCAUUGGGCCAAGGCACCUACCAUCCUGAUCUUGCCAGCUCAGGCUCAUAUUCUGGCUCAGGCACCCUCCACUCAGGUGGGGAUACCGCUGGAGGCAAUAAGAUCCUAUCGUUGGGCCAAGGCGCCUACCAUCCUGAUCUUGCCAGCUCAGGCUCAUAUUCUGGCUCAGGCACCCUCCACUCAGGCGUGGAUACCGCUGGAGGCAAUAAGGGCCAAGGCGCUUACCACUCUGCCCCUGGCAAGGAAGGUUGUUGCAAAGGGCCCUUCCCUGGACCUAUCGGCAGCAUUUACGACUUUAAACCUGCCCCUGCAAACGGUGGUAAUCCUCCUUUGGUCCACGUACUCCCAACAACCACCUCAGCACCCUACAACGGAGUACAAGUCAAUUAUGGGUCCAAUAACAUCGAGGGCAGUUCGGGACUAUCUUACAACCUGAUACAUUCCUUGCCAGGACCGACCGGAAGCAUCUACGACUUCAAACCAGCUUCGCAAGCUAGCUCUGGCACCUUUAGCAGCGGUUCUUCCUAUGGCAGCAACGCUGGCUCGAACUAUGGUUCGCAGGUCCAACCAAGUCAACCUUCGAUCAACGGAGAUGUUUACGGCUCCUUCCCCGGCAAACCAGGCAGCAUUCAUGACAGCAAACCUGUCGGUGGUUGUUCUGGACCGUCUUGUCCAGGAAGCCAAGGAUACUCUGGAAGUUCCUAUGGCCAUCAAGCUCCGAGUGUUGAUAUUCAGGCUCCUCUGCCUGGUACUCCAGGAUCUAUUUCUUUCACCGGAAUCAAGCCUGUUUCUUCAAAUGAACCAGGUAUUUAUCAGAUAUGCUCAGGGGCGUCUUGUGAUCAAUCUAGCACCUCUUUUGGACCUAUUGAACCUGACUGUUCGGGAGGUAAAUGCAAAUCUGGAUCAUCUGGCAAUGGUGGGUUAUAUCAUUCUGUAUCCACCGGGGGGUCUUACAACAAGCAUACAAGUGGACAAGGAAUUGACCUAUCUAAACCUUCAUACGAGAAACCACUAGGUUGUUCUGGAUCAUCUUGCAACCUCGGACCAAUCCCUGGCCCUUCAGGGUGUUCCGGACCUGCCUGUAGCUCUCAGCCCUCUAUACCAACAUAUGGAUCGUAUGGUGAACAUAAUCCAUCUUAUGAAUCGUAUGAUCAGAAACCAGUUUGUUCUGGAGCUGCUUGUAAGCCUGGACCGAUAGCUCAAUCUGGCUACUAUCCAGGCAGCUACGAUCAACGACCAUCUGGUAUAAACAUUGACCUUUCCAAUCCCAACUCUGGACAAUUUGGAUGCUCUGGAUCAUCUUGCGGGUCACAACCUGCCAGUGGAUCAUCUGGUUCCUAUCCAGAUGUUCCUCACAACAAACAUACACAAAUUACGGGUAUUGAUCUAUCCAAGCAGAAACCAUCAGGUUGUUCGGGCAUAUCUUGCAAUCUAGGACCUAUAUCUGGAGGACAAGGAUGCUCUGGAUCUUCCUGCGGUACGUAUCCAUCAGUACCAGCAGCUGCAUCUUCCGCAUAUGACCAGAAACCAAUCUGCUCAGGAGUUUCUUGCAAUCUUGGACCGCAACCAGCAGUACCUACAGGUGGUUCCUAUGAUCAAUACCCAUCGAGCGUGAGUACUAUUCCAGCUUAUCCUCCUUAUGACAAGAAACCGAUUGGUUGUCAAGGAAGUUCCUGCAAUUCAGGAGCAACGAGUGGAUCCCACUCUGGAUCAUCUGCUGGAUCUCAUUCAGACAGCUCUAGUCAACACGGCUCAAGUACACACAUCGAUUUAUCUCCAUCCUACGAUCAGAAGCCGUUGAUAGAAUGUUCCGGAGCUUCUUGCGACCUUGGACUAGUUCCUAAACCUUGCUCUGGAUCCUCCUGCAGUCCUCAACCAACAGCAGGAUCCCCAUAUAUCGAGUGUUCAGGGGAUUCUUGCGAUCUUGGGCCGAUUCCCGGUAUAUAUGGGUGUUCAGACAGUUCCUGCGAACCGAAAUCCACAGGAGAUGCUGAUGACUUCCACAAUAGCCUUAUUGAUGUACGAAAUGGGGAAUCGACUGGACACAGCCAGCUGUCAGGUGGUUCCCUCCCGGGAAUUUCUGGAGGGUCUUAUCACACUUCCAACAUCGCACCGUCAUCCAUGGUGGUACCCAUAAUACCAGUGACGUCAGGAGGCACUGUUGGAGCUAGUUCAACAGGUAUUUCUGGAACCUAUGUCAAAGAGACUCCUAUAGUUUACCCAGGAACAGGAAAUAUUCCCCUUGAACCUUCUUCCUCUUCAUAUGGCAACUAUGAUGACUCCAAAGGAACAAAUAAUCUUGUUAACCAUACACCAACUCCUGUCUGUUCUGGAAAUGCAUGUAAAUCUCAGCAGCAAGGUGGGAUAAAUUCUGGAUACGCUGGUGGCAAUGUUGUGAUUCAAAAAUCAGAUGGUACAGAGCACUCAGUGGUCGAUGGAAAUGAAUUCAACAGCGGUUCUCACAAGCUUCAUGGUGGAAGUGGUUCAUACUCUGGAAGCUUCUCUGGAGGUACCUCUGGAUCUUCAGGUUGUACCAAUGGAAACUGUGGUCUUCCCAGUUUGGGAAGCGGCAGUGGUUCCGUAGGUGCCUUCGGACAUGGAUACAGUGGAUCGAGCAGUGGUUCCUUUGGUGGUGUUAAGGGUGGCAGUGGUUCCUUCUCUUCGUCGGGCAGUUUCGCAGGUGCUGGUGGUCUGAAGCCUCUUUCAGAUGUACUAGGACUUGGUGGGGCUUUUUCCAAGUCGGGCUCUUUCAGUAGUUCCCGGUCAUUCUCGAAAAGUGAAGCUUCGGCAGCUUCUUCAGCUUUUUCAGGUUCCUAUUCCAGUGCAGUAGCAGGCAGCUAUUGAGAGUUUCGAAAAUACUGAAGAUAUUAUGUGUUUUCUUAGAAGUAAAUUGUGAUCUAAGUUAUUGUGGCAGCGCCAUCUCAUGAAAUGUGAUCAUAUUUAUAAAUAAAUAAUAUAAGAAGAUUUUUCAUAAGUAGAUAUUAUCAUUUUCCCGCAUGGUU